AAGAGUAUGUGCUUCACGCUUUAGGUGUAAAAGUGUCAAGAGUGCAAGCAACGCGAAUGAACUUCUCGAUGGAUUAUCUAUGUGUGAAAAGGAGACUUGUUUCUAAUCAACCGUUGGCAUCGGGUUUCUGCGUGUAACCGCUGGUACGCUAACUCAUAACAGUUAUCACGAAUGAACAUGCCGUAUGCCGCGAGAUACAACGAAGACAUAUUGACCGAUACACUGAGAGCUUGGAAAGCGGUAACGCUAGAUCAUUCCGACGAUAGCGGCACUAGGUAUUCUGUACAUGUGGUACACGACGACUUGGAGAAGAUAGCACUAAAUAAAUAUAGAAGCCUCGUGUGUGUGAUCCAGAAAGAACAGGCAAAGACGAUUGAGAUUAUCGCAAGCUGCACCAUAACAGCGGAAAGAGAUAUCGAGAGACGUCCCAGGAGUGCUAAUGAACGUUACGUAGAGAGAUUGAGAGACUUGACUGAUUCGUCGCGCAUUAUCUGGCAUAUCUCGUGCGUAACGUCGAUUAUUUCGCUGCAUCGCUAAAUUGAUAGACUUGCGCUAAGUCGCGAGAAUUCGUUUAGUGGAAUCAUAUCAGCUGUGAGGAAGAUGUACAUGUUCAAAGUGUCGGCACCGGGCAAGGUAAUCUUGUUCGGCGAACACGCGGUAGUAUACGAAAAACUUGCCGUGGCAGCUAGCUUGGACCAACGUGUAGUGCUGGAGUUUGCCGAGCUUGCGGAGUCUGAGAAGAUGGUGGAGAUAUCGCUGCCGAAAGUCGAUCUGUGCCUGAGCAUACCUUUGCAGAAAAUCAAGGAUUUCUUCUUCAGUUUUAGUUUUGAUUACCGCAGCGGGGAUCACGAUCUGCUGUACGAAAAGGUACGGCAGUUCGUCGCCACGACGAUCAAUCACGCCACAUUUCAGCAGACGUUGAGUCUGGAGGUGUUCUUUUAUUCGCUCGUCCUCGUCUCUUACGAGGAGCAAAUCGUCCUGAAACCCUUCCGCGUACACUUGGACACGCAGUUGUCGAUCGGUUCAGGUCUCGGCAGCUCGGCGUCGUUCGCGGUGUGCCUCACGGCGUGUUUCUAUAAUUGGUCACUGCUGCAAAAGGGUGUCUUCAGGGCGAAUUUUGACACGUUCGACUUGACGCAGAUCUCGCAGUACGCUCUGCGCUGCGAGAGGAUCACGCACGGCAAUCCGUCCGGCAUCGAUACGAGCGUCUGCACGUUCGGUUCAGUCGUAAGAUUCAAGAAAGGCCAUUUGAUGGAAACAAUGCCCAAAAUGCCGAACAUGAAGAUCCUGCUGGUCGAUACGCAAGUGGGACGCAGCACGAAGGCGUUGGUGCAGAUGAUAGCGGAGCUAAAGUCCAAGUAUCCCACGAUCAUCAAUCCUCUCAUGUUCUCCAUCGAAGGCAUAUCGUGCGCGGCUUUUCUAGCGAUCAGCGCGCUUUCCAAUUUGCCCAGCGAUCAUAAUACAUCUGCUCGCCUGGAAGAAUAUAAGGAAUUAAUGCUGCUCAUCAACAUGAAUCAAAACAUACUCGCCAUGCUGGGAGUGUCGCACCCGUCACUGGACAAGAUCUGCGACGAGGCACGGAAAUACGGACUGGCAGCGAAGUUGACAGGCGCUGGCGGGGGUGGACACGCGUAUAUCUUGAUUCCGCCGGACAUCGUAGACGAAACUAUCUUGAAUAUCUCACAAAAAUUGAUAGCGGAUGGCUUCAAAGUCACGCAGGCUCAGAUAGGCUGCAGCGGGGUAAAGAUUGACAAGUGAUGCAAUUCUUAAGAUCAUCCGCUUUACACAUUGGAGAAACGGAAAAAGCCGAUGGUACUAUACAACGAUAUAUUCUAUAAAUUAUACAAUAUUAUAUAUGACUACAUAAUUACAUUCCAUAAAUUAACGGCGAUAAAAUAUAAAAUACGUUUUUGUUAAAUAAAUACAGAGUAUCACAUUGCAAAUGGAAAGAUGACGAUAAAAUAAUCUCUCGCUAGUGAAAUACGCAACAACGUUAUCUUUUACUACUUCACACAUGACUGCAUAGAAAUGCGCGUGAUAUGCGGAGUCGGCUCGAAGGAAAAUAAGAAUUCGUCGUUCCACUUCCCGUCGCGUCUUUCGAAUCUCUGGUAAACCGAAAAGACUGGUUUCUUGUUUGUAAGUCGGGCUAAUUGAAUGAAAGCGAUAUCUCAAACGCCGUUUGGGGACGCAUGCUUCCGUUGAACCGAUCCUAUUGAUAUGCUUUGGUCGAAUAUCUAAAGUGAAGCCGCUCUUAAAUACACGAUCUACAAAACAAAGUUGCGUGAAUUUGUCGCCAAAAAUCAUAUAAAAACGAUGAUGCGACGCACGAGCAUCGCGUUGUUACGAUUAGCCAUCGUGGUAACCAGUGUCCAACUAUGUGCGUACACCGCGUUAGGCUAACGUGAUGUUAAUGUAUAGUAAUAUCUGCUGCAAUUACAUUUGGAAAUCGACGCGUAAUAUCGUGCCGGCGAGAUUAAUAUUCCUAAGUAAAAAAUGAAAUUUUUUUACUAUAAUUGCGAACUAGCUAGCUAUGAUAUAAAAUAUGUAAAGGAAUUUUACUAUUAACUCUCAGUUAAAACUCGAAGACAAUUCACUAUUGUUGUUCACUAUUGUUCACUGUAAAUUAUUUAAAAAUAUUCUACAGUAUUAUCGCUAAAAGAGAAAGAGAUCUGCCACCUAACCUAUGGUGCAUCAGUUUUUUGUUCUGUCAAUUCUCAAUUCAUAUAUACAUUAUUGUAAUAACUUCAACUAUAAUAAUGUAUAUACUGAAGUCAUUAAUAAGUCUAAAUAAACUGUUUAAUGCAUUUUCACGAAUGCAUUCAUAUUUUGUUAUAAUGUUAUAAGCGGAAAUUAUAAGAUUACGAUCUGAGUUACGUAUCGUUAUUUUUACCGAGUAGAUAUACUAUUACUUGCUUGAUGUCGUAAAUUGCCGUUCAACAUUAGACGAUCGGUGUCGGUGGUAACGUCGCCGCCGCCGCCGUCCUCCGCGUUGCCGCGUGUCACAUCGGAUACGAGUUGCCUCUCCUCUAGUUCCGCCUCUGUCAGCCACCAGUUUAUUUCGUGCGUGUACAUCUUCCUUUGCAAUACUUCUCGCGUUCGUGGCCGCGAACCGACGAACAUGGUGCUUCCGCCGACGACCAAAGCACUGCGUAGAUUUUCCAGAGUCUGGAAAUCCUCGAUUAUACACUGCAACUCUUCCCAUUUCAGUUCCACUUCCUCGUGAAGCAUUUUCUCCUCUGAAAACAAUUACAAAUGAGUGCACACACACGUGUCGCGACAAGUCACAAACACUAGCCAGGUCACGUGCUUACCAUCAUGCUUUGAAGUCGACUGCUUAUAUUGUAUCCUAAAUCGGAAAGCUUCCAAGAAACUGGACACCACGAUGGUUAGCACGAUCAUAGUUACCAAGUAAAAUAUCAUGAAGUAUAUUCGUGUAUACAUCCCCGUGGUAAACGCGUACGCGUUCAUCAGUAUGAACCAAUUGUUAACGACCGUCAAUUCGAAGAGCGUCAUGCCGCUGGCUAUGAGAUUGUCGAAUGUAUUGAGAUAAUAAUACCCUAAUGCCGUGCUGCCGUUAGCUGAAUACUCGUAGAAGUCUUCAACGGUCGUAUUUCUGUCGAGAAAAAGAAAGAGAAUACCUUGAAGCAUCGACGAAAAUUCCAUUAUUAGGUCGUUUAUUUAAUUGAAAAAAUGUCGGCCUACUUUCGAAAUAUCGCGCGUACAUGAAACUUGAAACUUACUUGCAGCAAUUACGCAUAUCGUAUCCCGCGAACAUUUCCAUACCGAUGAUCGCGAAGAAAUAAUACAGCACCAACAUGACGAUCGCCGUCGAGCACAUCUGAGGAGAUAGAAUGACGAGGGUGCCGAAGACAUCUCGGUAGCGUUUCUUUAUCUUGAACAGCCUCAACGUUCUGAGAGGUCGGAACAAAACCAGGAACGUGGCUGACGGGAAUAAACUGAGAGCGCACGCGGCAACGAGCAUCAUCACCGAUGUUCCCAAAUCGAAGAGAUUCCAUCCGGAGCUCAAGUAAUGCUUCACACCAAGAGCCAAUAUCUUAGACAUUGCUUCAGCGAUGAAUACUGUAAAUGUAUACAUUGGUAUGCUUAAUAAUUUGGAAGAUAUUGUGGAAGAUAA